AGCGAUUGGUUGAAUGGUCCUAACUACGCAGGCGCAUGCUAUAGUGAGUUACUGCAGCGUUUGCGGUUGUGCUUCGGACAGCGGGAGAGACGAAGUAGUUUCUAGUUUUUUUCAGCACUUUUAACCGCUGGCUGUGUUUGUACCACCGUAUUUCGCGAUAUAGUAGCGGACUUGAUCUGUAUACACAUCACUUUUAAUAAUGCCUCGGGGCGGGAAAAGAGGCCACAAGGGCAGGGGGAAGCAAUUCAGCAACCCUGAGGAGAUAGACCGACAGAUGAAGGCGCAGAAAGAGUUGGACGAAAAUCCUGGUGCAGAGAAGGUGGACUCUGCAGAUUCUGAGGAUGAGAGCAGCAGUGACGACGAUACUGAGAGGAAGAGAAGUGGGGUGGAGGGCCUUAUAGAGAUUGAGAAUCCCAACCGUGUGUCUCAGAAGAGCAAGAAGGUGACUGAAUUAGACGUCAGUGCUCCCAGAGAGCUGUCUCGCCGGGAGAGAGAGGAGAUUGAGAAGCAGAAAUCUAAGGAACGCUACAUGAAGCUCCAUCUUGAGGGGAAGACUGAGCAGGCCAGGGCCGACCUGGCCAGGCUGGCCAUCAUCAAGAAACAGAGGGAGGAUGCUGCCAAGAAGAGAGAUGAACUCAGGAAAGAUGCUGAAGAUUCCAAAGCAAAGCGCUAAUCCUCCAUCUGAAAGCUGUAACAUGCACUUCAGUCUCGGAGGGACGGAGAGAGAGAGAGAAGGAGAUCUGGAGGUGGAGAACAGGGAGGGGGACCAAAACCAACGGCAUCGGAUCAGGAGUGCUCCUGAACUCCUGUCCCUCAUUUCAAAUCAGAGGGGCGCGGGUCUUCCUUAACAGAUGGUCAGGACGGGGGAAACGGGUGUUUCAAAGUGAGAUAAAAAGGAAUGCACCAUUUGGGAUGCCUCUAGUCUUCUUCCCCAAGAGGAGACAAUCGCAGGUUUACCAAGUGCUUCACUGCCUCUUUACUCUUCCCCACCCACCAGGGUUUUAAUUCUGAAGCUGCUGAAGUUAGUUCCAUUCUGUUUGAUUUACAUAUUUUUACAAGGUUACCUUAUACAAGUUUACUUAAUGACUGAACAGGAAUUACAGUGAGCGUGCAUGGGGCUUUUCCUUCCAUCUCGCCUGUUUUUGUAAGAAGGCAAAUCCGUGACGGAUGGAGAAAAAGAACACUUCAGAGGAUAAACUGAUAUAUAGGAAUUAUACAAUGUAAUUAAUAGUAUUUGUGGAUAUGUUGCAAAAGACAUUUGUAUAAUUUUCUAAAGAUAUGAGUUUUUCUUCCCCCCCCCCUCCUCCAUCAUCCAAACAUGACUAUUCUGCUUUCUCGGCCAGCUUCUUUUUGUUCCGGUGUUGUUUUUGCCAUGUUUUGAUCUACUUGUUUUUCAGUAGGAAAUUCACCGUUGGAAAAAUUAGCUGCCCCCAACAUGUCUAGAAAGUAGAACAUCUUUAGUUUAUUUUCCCCUAAAUUGACACUUUGCUCACUUGAAUCACCUUAUUGCUGUCAGUUCAAAAGUGUUUCAGAAUGUGUUUUGUAAUCCUUUGCUCAAAGCACCUGGAAUAUUACUUGAGUUGCCUAGAAUAAGCAUUUUUAAGUUGUUGGACAUCAGUGCUGGAAAGCAUUGUCUCAAACUGCCUCAGUAACUGUGGCCUUGCCCUGUUUCUGAUGGGGUCCUCUGUGGUUCUAUAGGACGGAUUGUGUCUUUUGUUGCCUUUACAAAGUUUACACAAGACCAGUUCACUGUCUUUCUCCUGUAAUAAAAGUCCUACAAAGAACC